AUGUUAACGCAUUACAACAUACUCAACAACGCCCACUCCAUUAGCUACUGCAUGCCCUUUACCCUAGCUGAUAUCCUUUGCUGUCCUCCUCCCCUCUUCCACUGCUUUGGCCUCGUCCUUAGCCUCCUUAUCUACGUUACCUACAGCUCUACCGUCGUCCUCCCUAGCCCCUCUUUCUCCGCCCCUGCCGUUCUCUCUGCCAUCGCUGCUGAAAACUGUACUGCCAUCUAUAGCGUCCUAGCCAUGUUCGAAGAGCUCCUCUCUAUCCCCUGCCCCCUAACCUAG